UUACGGACUUUAUCCAUGCAUUAUAGCGUCUUUGUUUUACAGAUGGUACGUUUAUCACUAUUCUUGGUUGCUGUGGUAGCGUGCGGUGCUGCUACUGCCUCCUUAAGAAGGGUAUGCUACUACACAAACUGGGCUCAGUACAGGACCAGUCCGGCCAAGUUUUUCCCGGAAAAUGUUGACGCAAGUCUGUGUACACACGUCAUUUACGCUUUUGCGAAGAUGGUAGGCAAUCACCUUGCAGCCUUUGAGUGGAAUGACGAGUCCACCGACUGGAGUAAGGGCAUGUAUGAGCGAUUCGCUGGUCUGAAGAAAGAGAACCCCUCAAUUAAACUUAUGCUUGCCGUCGGUGGCUGGAACAUGGGCUCGGCUCCAUUCACAGCCAUGGCCAGAAGUGAUGCCGGUCGCCAGGAAUUCGCCAGGACAUCAGUUAAAUUCUUGAGAAAGAAUGGGUUCGAUGGUCUUGACAUGGAUUGGGAGUACCCUGCCAACAGAGGAAGUCCACCCGAGGACAAGCAUAGGUUCACCCAAGUUUUACAGGCAUUACAUGACGAAUUUGCCCGAGAGAGCAUACCCGCUGGUAAGGAACGUCUUUUGCUCUCCGCCGCUGUUGCCGCCGGAAAAGAAAAGAUUGAUACCGCUUACGAAAUUCCAGAAAUUUCCAAAUUGUUGAACUUUAUCAAUUUGAUGACCUACGACUUGCACGGCUCAUGGGAGGAUCAUACCGGACACAACGCUCCACUCUAUUCCCGAAGUGCCGAAACCGGAAACGAGACCUACCUCAACGUGGAUUGGGCUGCUAGGUACUGGGUGCAGAAAGGAGCUCCUAAAGAGAUGAUGAACAUUGGCAUGGGACUUUACGGAAGAAGCUUCAAGCUCCCAUACGGCACAUCCAGCCACGAGAUGGGUUGCCCGGCUAAAGGUGCAGGGGCUGCCGGUCUUUAUACCAGGGAAGCUGGGUUCAUGGCAUACUACGAG